UGAAAGUGGUUGACCUAGGCAGUGACGAUGGCUCGUCGCUGCACGAGGUGCAGGACAGGAGGGCGGCGCUCAUACGGGAGGUGAUUAUAUGGAGCCGCCUCUCGCACCCCCACAUUGUGCCGGUGAUAGGAGCGCAUAUCCCCCUUCUCUCCCCCGAGGCCCACCCAUCCCCGUCCCCCCGAAAGCCGGGGCAGCAGAGGGUGGACUCGCGCCUGCGGGGCGAGCAGGCGUGCGUUGUCAGUCAGUUGAUUGGCACGGGAGUGACUCUCAAGGAGUAUUUGGCUCGCACUGCCAGGGAGAAGAGGAAACUGCCGCUGCACAUGCUGGUGGAUUUAGCCAUGCAGCUCGCCAAGAG